AUGUUAAACCUCAACACUGUAUUCUUUCUUCAGAUCCGUGCCUGCAUUGUCCUGGCUCUGGCCACCAGCGCCUUCGCUGGCUACACCGGCGGCUUCGGCUACGGCCUUGGCCUGUCCCACUACGGCCUUGCCCACGGCAUCGGCUACUCUGGUCUUGGUCUCGGCUACAGCUACGCCCCAGCCGCCAGCUACGCCGUCGCUGCCCCAGCUGUUGCCCGCACCGUGUCCACCUACCACGCUGCUCCAGCCGUGACCGCCGUUCACGCUGCCCCAGUCGCCACCUACGCUGCUGCCCCAGCUGUGGCCACCACUGUUGCCCACGCCGCUCCAGUCGCCACCUACGCCGCUGCCCCAGCCGUGACCACUGUUGCCCACGCCGCUCCAGUCGCCACCUACGCCGCUGCCCCAGCUGUCGCCACCUACGCUGCUGCCCCAGCUGUGGCUACCACUGUUGCCCACGCCGCCCCAGUCGCCACCUAUGCCGCUGCCCCAGCUGUGACCACUGUUGCCCACGCCGCCCCAGUCGCCACCUACGCCGCUGCCCCAGCUGUGACCACUGUUGCCCACGCCGCUCCAGUCGCCACCUACGCCGCUGCCCCAGCUGUCGCCACCUACGCCGCUGCUCCAGUCGCCACUGUUGCCCACGCCGCCCCAGCUGUGACCACCACCACCGUCCACCACGCUGCCCCAGUCGCCACCGCUGUUGCUACCCCAGCCAUCGCUUCCUACCACGCUGCUCCAGUCUACGGCUACGGCGUUGGCACCCUCGGCUACGGCUCCGGCCACUACGGUUUCGGCCACGGUCUCCUCGGCUACGGCCUGAACUACGGCUAUGGUCUCGGCAGCGCCUACGACUACACCGCUCUCCUCCGCAGGAAGAAGUAAAUCUCCUUUUUUGGAAGCAACAUAGUCAUCAUCGAAAGUUAGUUGAUUUAACAAAUUUAGGCACCGUCUCCUUUUGUACCCUAUCAUCAUGGCACAAGAGAAAGACGAGAAUAAACUUAACCAAUUCUGAAUUUGCA